AGUUCCUCAAACAAGUUUUACUUUUGCAAAACGAGCCCUCUAACUUCCUAUAUGUUGUGAGCUGCGUUCUGAGCAACAUGACCGGCAGCCACGUUUGUUGUAAUUUUUUAAAUAUGUGGAAAAAAAGCAAGAUAUCGACCAUGUAUUACCUUAACCAAGAUGCCAAAUUAUCUAACUUGUUUCUCCAGGCAAGCAGUCCAACAACAGGGACAGCUCCCAGGAGCCAGUCAAGAUUAUCUGUCUGUCCAUCCACUCAGGACAUCUGCAGAUCUGCCAUCUUGCAUGACAUGUCAGAAGAUGCAUUUGAGCAAUGCACCCCUGUCAUGGUGCUGAGCCCUGCUAGGAAGGAGUCUGGUAAGAAAGCAGUAAAGCAGAGGCCUAGGAGAAGGAGGAGGGCCUCUGAGAGAUAUGAGCCUGCCGAAGAACAGAUAAAAGGGAAAAGAAAUGAUUUUCAAAUCACAAGCCCCAGGUGGAGCGAGCUUUAUGCAGAUUCUUCAGAUUCAUCUUCCGCAGACGAGACUCACUGGAUUCAGGCAAAAAGAAGAGCCCAGGUUAAAUUCCGACUGUCACGAAGAAGGAGAAAUGGCACUAAGCCUUGUGGAAACGUGGAUGGACCUUCUGCUCCUCCUGGAACGGAUCUGGUAGAUGUGGAAUCCAAAGGUAAAAGACAACAAGAGCUGAUGGAAUGUGAGAGUUGCUCUUUAAAUCUCUGCAGAGGAAAAGGCACCAGGUACCAAGAAUGUAGUCUUUCCCUGCCCCGAGGAUCCUUUGAGAUUAAGAGAUCCUCAAGGAAGCAUGAGGAGAGAAAAGGCAGAUAUGACCACAGAGAUCUGCAGCUCUUGCAUCGUCUCGGGCAAUAUGAAACAAUCCAGAAAAGACAUUCAGAAGCAGAUUCCAGCCCUGAUAUACGGACAGUAGCAGAAGGUGGCAAGUAUGUGGACACUGCCGGGCUCCAGGGGAGUAACUCCAUGCAGAAGCCUCCUGCCACCUACCAUGACGGGUCCGAUAAUUUAAAAAUAUGCAGGAUCUGUCACUGUGAAGGGGAUGAAGAGAGCCCUCUCAUCACACCCUGUCGCUGCACAGGCACCCUGCGCUUUGUCCACCAGUCCUGUCUCCACCAGUGGAUCAAGAGCUCAGAUACGCGCUGCUGUGAGCUCUGCAAGUAUGACUUCAUAAUGGAGACUAAACUCAAACCCCUCCGGAAGUGGGAGAAACUACAGAUGACCACGAGCGAGAGGAGGAAAAUAUUCUGCUCUGUCACGUUCCAUGUCAUUGCGAUCACCUGUGUGGUUUGGUCUUUGUAUGUAUUAAUAGAUCGGACAGCGGAGGAAAUCAAGCAAGGCAACGAUAAUGGUGUCCUUGAAUGGCCAUUUUGGACAAAACUGGUUGUGGUGGCCAUUGGCUUCACGGGAGGUCUCGUCUUCAUGUAUGUACAGUGUAAAGUCUACGUCCAGUUAUGGCGCAGGCUGAAGGCCUACAACCGCGUGAUCUUUGUGCAGAAUUGCCCAGACACUGCCAAAAAGCAGGAGAAGAACUUCUCAUGCAACAUCAACACGGACAUCAAGGAUGCCGUGGCUGUGCCUGUAUCACAAACGGGUACAAAUUCACUGCCAUCUGCAGAGGGCGGUCCCCCUGAGGUUAUACCAGUGUGACGGAACCAGUUGGGAGUUUCUUCACUGAAGAAUAUCUUUCUAGCCCUUAGCCACUACAAAUGACAGAAGUGAUCCUGAAGUAUUCACUCCCUUUAUCUUCUCUUUCUCCUGACUCAUUUUUCCUUACUUUGCUCAAAUAGGAAAGGACCAAAAAAAAACACCAAAUGACCAGGAUCCCAUGAAGCAGUCCAAAGUGUGAUAGAGAAAUGUGAAAAGUUUGCUAGAGCAUGAUUUCUAAGACAAUUAAGAACCAAUGGAGCAAGGAACACUCUUAGGCAGUGACGAAAGCCUGAAUGGACACACACGUCUUCACAGGAGCAGGAGCAAGUUUAAGAAUACAGACUUGAAUUGCAACGUGUAUUUCUUCUAAGGCCUCGUAAUGUUAACUAUCUCAUCUGGAAAUAAGAAACAUACUUGGUUUUAAGCUUGAAAUUGUCUGCAUUGUCCUUAGUCAUAUCAGAAGCAAACUUGGGAGGAUGCAUAUUUUGAUAUUCAUACUUUGACAGCUAACAGAUUUUUAUGGCUAUAGUGGAGUCCAGUUGUUUUAACAGAUGCAUGUUUUUAAAAUAGAUGCAAUACACAUUUGAAGAUAUUAAUACUUGGAAUUAUGUUCAAAUCAUGAACAGAAGAUUUUCAGAGUUUUUUGGGUGUAAUUAGUGCUGUUAAAUACCCACAGAAGCUGAAAUCAACUAUCAGGUCCUAUUUUUUAUCUGGUCCCCGUAAAACAGUGUUGUCCAACAGAAAUAUGUGAACCACAAAUGCAGGCCACAUGCAUACAUUUAAAAAAUUUUCCAGUAGCCCCAUUAGAAAAAGUAAAAAUAAAUAAGUGAAAUUAAUUUUUAUAUUUCAUUUAACACUAUAUAUCAAAUUAUUUCAAUGUCAUGAAUAUUAAAAAUUAAGAUAUUUUACAUCCUUUUUUAUGAACCAAGAUUUGAAAUCCAGUAUACCUAAAUUUGAAUUAAUCAUAUUGUUUAGCACAGCCCUAAAAUUAAGAGGCAGAGCCUCUGCUCCAUUUAACAGACGAACAUUUCAAAACAGCAGCUCAGUUCAUUCUUUUAUUCAAAGUCUCACAAAUGUUAUAGUUUUAUAAAGCACUAAACUAAACAAAUUAAAUAACCCGGUUGGUUAAAGAGUUAGGUGAACUUACCAUUUCUCUAAAGGGUGAAAAAAUGAAAGUAUAGAAAGAUAAAAUGGUCUACCUGUAGCAAAGUUUGAAAUUGUUUGCUACUAUAAAGCACAUGUGAUAGGGAAACAAAAAUUAAAUAUUUUUGUUAAGUCAAAUGUGUAAGGUUUUUUUUUCUUUAAUCCACAUGUGGUAUCAACUUGACAGAUAAGGAGUUAUGACUAAGCAUUUAGACUAUUUUAAAAAGCUGACAGUAUUUCCCUUGCUCAGCUGGGAAGUAAAGACAUUCAACAGAUUUUGUGAUAAGUAAUAAAUUGAGUUGUUUAGGUUUGGCAGUUCAAUUGAUUAUUGUGUUCUUUGCAUAUUCAUGUAAAACUGAAGCGUGAAUGAUAUUGCAGUGAGCUAGAUUAAUGAUUAUAGAGGAUUAUAGAGUUAGUGACCCAUCAGAGAAAGAUGUCUCACAUUUAAAAAGGUGAUUUAGUUUUGUUAGCUGUCAUAUUUAUUAUUGUGAAAAGGCAACCAUGAUGGCCGUAAGAACCAAAGCAUGGGUAUUGCAUUGCACAAACCUGGGUAUCACAUUGAUGCACUUUGUAAUUAUCAGUGUGCUUGUUCUUCACGGAUUAACAUAGAAAAAAGGAAAAGGAAAUAACCUUUUAAUGAGGAGAAAGAUAUGAAUAUUAGUAGUGGCUGACACUGAGUCCAAAUAGUCCCAAUUCCUAGAAAUAAAGAAACGGUAAACAAUGUCAACUUUGUGUGUGUGUGUGUGUGUGUGUGUGUAAUGUGUGUGUGUGUGAGUUCAUGUAUGUACAUGAGAAAAACAUUAAGGUUUUUGGCCAGUCGGGAAACAAAAGGUUUAAAACUCAUCUUUCUUAACACUUGUUGUGGAGGGUAUGGACUAAAGGCACAGGGAAAACAAAGUUGAAGUAACUAAAGUGUACCAUAAUUUCUGCACAAAGGACAUACUUCUAAUAAAAAAAAUCUAUGAACCUUAAACAAACUAAACUUUGUAUUAACUUUCUCUUAAAUUUCCAUUUUAAAGGUUUAAGAUAUAUACUCAUCAAUAGCUAAGCUUUGGGUGAUUUAAUCAUGGCACCUCACCCAAUAGAUUAACCUUGAUUCCAUUUUUGUUAAUUUUCCUAAGCUUUACUUUUCCCAGAGCUUAGCAAGGAAACGUUGUUUACAAAUAUUCGGGGGUGGGGGUGGGGGGGUAAUCUGUCACCAGCAAGCAAUGAAAUCUUGAUUUCUCUUUUGUUUGCUCUGGAAGGAAAAGGAUUAUUUACCUUAAUUACCACCAAAAAUACUGUUUAAAUUCUGUACAGACCUAAAGCAAGAUAGGUAAGUGCAUAGCUCAUUUCUCAGUGGGAGAUGAUUGGCUAAAGUAGGCCUUGUUAAUUAAGGGCUACAUUUAACACUAAGAAAACAUUUCUAGAAUGAAAAGUGAAGAUAAAUGAAGCAUUACUGUCUUAACCCUAAAAUAUGACAUGGUGUUUUAAUACCAUACCUAAAUUCUCAAAAUUAACUUGUACAGGCUUUGACUUUCUUGUAAUGAGAAAAUAAUACAGCUCCCUACCAGGUUAAAAGUCAGCUUUUUAUUCUGCUAUUCUUCUGACCUUUAUAAACCCUGAACUCCUGAAUUUAAAUCCUUUAAAAAAAAUUUUCCUGCAAUGGCUGUUUAUGGUUCAAACCACUAGAAAUAAUGAUGUGCAUUUAAAACCUAACACUGAUUUUCUUUCCUAUUCUGUGUGGCAACUGCCCUUUCAAUGAAAGUUUUUGGCUUUGUGACAAUACUUUUGUGGACUGGACAUACCCUUCAAAACUACUCUCCAGAAGGACCAUUUUUUUUUGAAGCAUGUUUACCUGCUCACGUAAGAAGUAAAAUGGAAGUGAAUCAAAGGACUGAAAUCGAAGAAGAAACAAGCAAUUCUGUUAAAAACCCUGGCUUUUUAUAAUCAUGCAUCUGGUAGUUAUCAAUACCAUAAACCACAGACAUUUAUGCUGUUAAUUUUUGAAAGAACUCUCACUUUUAUUGUAUCAAAGAUUGAAUCGUAAAGGAAUGAAAUCCCAGUAUUUUUUUAAAAGUGAAGUCCAAAAGGCAAUUAAGCUUAAGAACAAACACAAGCAAAACAAUAAUGAAAGAAAAAAAUACCAAAACAAAAAUGAUCCAAUCAACCUGGGAUACAGUAAUGGAGAAACUGAAGAUAGGUUUAUAUUGAAGGAGUCUCCUAAAAUGCCCUAGGAUUAAAUCUCACUCUGAGCUGCUAUUACAUGUGAUUAUUGUCCCAGAUAGCCACAUUUAUCUUGUUUUGCAAAAGGUCCUCAGAUACCCCUAAAACAUCUACUGUUUGGCUGGAAAAUUAGCUCAUUAGGGCAAUGACAUCAUUAAAAUACUCUAAUUGUCAAGGGGGUGAGGUGGGAAAGAUUACUGCAUUCACCUGACAGUUUACCUUUCCUUACCUUGCCAAUGAAUAUUUUGGAACAAAGCAGAGCUCUUUAAACUUAUUAUCAUUAUUGUAGUUGUUAUGUAAUAAUUGUAUAGGACUUAACUUUAAUUAAGAAAGAUGAAAAACCUUUUUUCUUUCCUUAAGUCAGCCCAAAGGUGCUAUUUUACAUAUCAAUACAGCUCAAAGGAAGUACUGUUAUUUUGGGCUGCAGUGUUUCCUCCAAAUCUGAAGAAAGCCCAUUUUGAAAUUGGAGAUCGCAUUAAAACAAACAAGGAAAAAUUAUUUUAACUGUGUGCAAUUUUUGAGAUUGAGCAUUUGUACUUUUUUGGUUUUACCUAAUUCUCUUGCAUUAACAACUUACUGUUUUGUGAAUAAUGUGUACUAAGACAAAUUAAGGAAAAUAAUUAUCUGUGAAAGAAAGACUUUGUAUAUUAAACAAGUGACCUAAA